CUGCUCAGCGGCGAGGAGGCUGUCGCUCACGUUGCAUACGGUCUCUCGGAUCUGUCGUUCGUCUACAAGGUUGCCCCCGAGGGAUACCUGGGCCAGCCCCUGGAAUCCCUGGCCAAGGAUUCGACCCCGAACGCCUUCCACAAGUCCCACAAAAACCUCGCUCUCAGCACCCGCGAGGGCGCUGCCACGGCCGUGCAUGGUGCCCUUGCCGCCGGUGCGGCCGUCACCACCGUCACGUCCUCGGAGGCUCUUCCACUCAUGAUUCCGGCCAUGUACGGCAUCGCUGCCGAGCGCAAGGCCGUGGUCUUCCACGUUGGUUCGCAGGCCAUCACCAGCGAUCUUGGCGUGGUCAGCGACUAUUCGGAUGUUCUUGCGGCUUCCUACACCGGAUUUGCCUUCAUCGGUUCGUCCAGCGUCCAGGAGGCGCACGAUCUCUCGCUCGUUGCCCACCUUGCCUCCUCGGUCGCUCACCAACCCGUCCUGCACUUCUUUGACGGCGCUCGAGUUGCCAAGGAAACCGCCAAGACCUUUGUUGCUCCUUACCACGAGCUCUCCAGCCUGACCCGUGCCAUUGCCCACCGCCAUGCUGCCGUUCCUCCCGUCGAGCGCUUCCCCGAGGUUGUCCAGGAGGUCAUGCACGAGCUGGCCAAGUUCUUUGGUCACGAGUACAAGCUCUUUGAGUAUGUUGGCGCCCAUGAUGCCGAGUCGGUCAUCGUCACGCUCGGCCCCGCCAGCAACGUUGUCGAAACCGCCGUCGAACACGCCCGCCAACACGGCAGCAAGGUCGGUGUGCUCAAGAUCCGCCUGCUGCGUCCCUGGUCCGCUGAGCACUUUGUCGCCGCCAUUCCCAAGACUGCCAAGCGUAUCGUCGUCGUCGAACAGGCCACUGCUGCCGGCACCCAUGGCCCUCUGUACCUCGAUGUCACCGGCUCGUUCUACAGCGGUCACUGGACCUCUGCCAUUCCCGCCAUCAGCAAGGCUCACUUCCAGGCCGGAGUCGAGCACUUCCAUCCCGCCGCUGUUUCUGCUUUCCUGGCCAAGCUCUCCAGCUCGCGUCGGGCUCCUCGCAUUAUCGAGCUGUCUGCCGCCGACGUCCAAAAGAGCGCUGUUGCCGACGGCGUCCACCAGGCCGUGUUCUGGGAUGCCCAGGAGCAGGGUACUGCCAAGGUCGCCCAGGCGGUUGCACAGUACAUUGCCUCUGAAUCCUUCGGAACGGUCCAGAGCCACACCGCCCGCGACGACGUCCAGAUCGAGCCGCUCUCGAGCACCUCGCUCCGCUACAGCAAGACCCACACGGCCGUCAACUCGCACCGUGUCCAGGCGGCCGACUAUGUGGCCAUUCACGACGUUGCUGCCGUCGAGCGCUACAACCCCAUCGUUGCAGCCAAGACCGGGGCCACCGUGGUGAUCAACUCCGCUGCUGCCACCGCCGCCGAGCUCGAGAAGGAGCUCUCCGACUCUGUCCGUGCCGAGAUUGCCCGUAAGCAGCUCAAGGUCCAUGUCGUCGAUGCCCAGAAGUAUGCCAAGAAGUUUACUCUGUACCUCGGCAAGUCCACCGAGUAUGUCAACCUGAUCCUCGCGGCCGUCUUUUACAAGCUUGCGCCCGCCGUGGACACCCAGCACGCUCUGGAGCACAUCUUUGCCAUCGUCCGCAAGACCGAGACGCAUGCCUCGAUCGUUCAGACCAAGAUCGCAGCCGUUCACCAGGCCCUCGACUCGAUCACGCACAUCCACGUUCCCGCCCACUGGGCCUCCGCUACUCUGGAUGCCACCCUCCUGACCUCGGUUCAAGGCUCGCUUGCCCUGCCCAAGACCAGCGCUCCCAGCGAAGAGCGCGAGCAGAUCACCCGUGUCGUGCCCUCUCAUCGCGCUGCCUGGUCGCUGCUCUUCCGCGAGGCGUACAAGACCGACAAGAAGCUGCGUCCUGACGUCGACAACGCCUUCCUGGUCAAGGUCACCGAGAACCGCCGCCUGACCCCUGUCGAGUACGACCGCAACGUCUUCCACAUCGAGAUGGACACCACGGGCACCGGCCUCCGCUACGAGAUUGGCGAGGCGCUCGGUGUGCACGGCCACAACAGCGAUGAGGACGUCAAGACCUUCAUCAAGUUCUACGGCCUCGACCCGCGCGAGAUUGUCGUGACCGAGCGCGUGGACGAGAGCGGCAAGCCGUCGACCGAGGUGCGCACCGUUGAGCAGAUCCUGACGCAGGUGCUCGACAUCUUUGGCAAGCCCGGCAAGAAGUUCUAUUCGUCGCUGGCCGAGUUUGCGACCGACAUCAAGGAACGCGAGCACCUGAACACAAUCGCCAGCGCCGACGGUGCUGACGAGCUCAAGCGCCUGACCGAGGAGGAGACGGUGACCUUUGCCGACAUCCUCGAGCGCUUCCCGUCGGCGCAUCCGUCGAUCGAGGAUUUGGUCAAGUUGGUGCCGGCGAUCAAGCCCCGCCACUAUUCGAUUUCGUCCUCGCAGAACAUGCAUCCCGACAGUGUGCAUCUGCUGGUCGUGCUUGUCGACUGGCGCUCGUCCACGGGCAAGACCCGCGUCGGCCAGUGCACCCGCUAUCUUAACUCGCUCAAGGUGGGCCAGGCCCUGACCGUUACGAUCAAGCCCUCUGUGAUGAAGCUGCCCAAGUCGCUCACGGCCCCUGUGAUCAUGUCGGGUCUGGGCACUGGCAUGGCGCCCUUCCGCGCCUUCAUCGAGGAGCGCUUCUACUGGAAGUCGCAGGGCAUGGAGGUCGGCCCGAUGGUGCUCUACUUUGGCUCGCGCAACCGGGCCAACGAGUAUCUGUACGGCGAGGAGCUCGAGGCCUACCAUGCCGAUGGCGUGCUCUCGCGCCUGCAGCUGGCCUUUUCUCGCGACCAGAAGAAGAAGAUCUACAUCCAGCACAAGAUUGCCGAGGACGCCGACCUGCUGGCCAAGUACAUCCUCAAGGACGAGGGCGCCUUCUACCUCUGCGGCCCGACCUGGCCCGUCCCUGAUGUCAAGGACGCUCUUGUUGGCGCCUUCACUGCCGCCGGAACCACGGUGGAGCGUGCUAACGAGCUGCUCGAGGAGCUCAAGGAGCAGGACCGCUACAUUCUCGAGGUGUACUAA